AUGGACACCCACCUCGUGUCCUCUCGCGCCGUGCGCCAUACGAUUGGCCAAACGCUACCUGCAUCCCGUCGUUUGAUUGGCGGUUGCUUUGUCGCGAAGCUCAUCACGCUCGUGGCGGCCGCGCCCGAUUACGUCAUCGGAUGGUCCGCCGACGGCAGCAAGAUCGUCGUCCAGGCCGUCACGCCGCUCGAGAAGGAGUUUCUGCCGUCGUACUAUGGGCACACGAGCUUCACGAGCUUUGCGCGGCAGCUGCGCGUCUACGGCUUUACGAAGUCCAAGCUCUACGGCCUGCCGUGCGAUGAAACGAUGAACGCCAAGCGCGGCUUUGGCUACAUCUUUGCCCAUCCGUUCGUGCACCGCGACCGCCCACAGGACCUCCGUCAUGUGAAGCGCACGACGAUGGACGACAGCCACGUCGGCGAGCUCCGUGCGGCCGUCGACGGCCUCGAGGCCGAGUGCACCGCGCGCGCGAUUGCCGCCAACGCGCCCAUUUACACCAAGCGCGACCAUGGCUUCGUGCCCUUCUUCCCGCUCGAGCUCGGGUACGAGUCGUCGUCGGAGGACCAGCAGCAUCGGCCACUGGACGACGUCGAUCUGGACAUCCUCGACUUGAUUCUAAGCAGCACCAAUGCCAGCAUAGUGUAGUCCACCCGUUGU